AUGCGAAAUGCCCAGGGCGUUGCUGGGGGCCCCGUAUGGCUGCUUUCUUCGUUUUUUCCGACCAAAAAACUCCCCAUCUGCGCGCCCCCAAAACACGCUUAGCCAUAGGGUUUGACAGAAACCUUGCAAUAGCUCCCGCUGUAGUGCUGAUCCGAAUUUUUACCAGGGUGUUUUCGGCACCUAACACCCCAAUAAGCACACCCUCCGAGUAUCGUGCGAUUCGAGCAACUCUACGAGGUAGUAACUUUGGCGUGAAGCUCCGUGCGGGGGUGUGGUAUCUUCCGUUGUCGGGUGCACCGCUCCAUCUUGGUCCGCUGGAGAGAACGUCCUGAACGCCGUCCGUGGGCCAGAAGCUGGAUCUCUUGGCUGCAGGUGGGUGGGAGACAUGGAGGCAGUACUAGGGGAGUAGGUGUCAGAGUGAUUUCAACGCCAGGGGCUUCCAGGGUCGUGGAUUUGUGCUGUUCGGUGGCGUCCGCACCCUUCAUGUGUCCGCGCGCAACAGCACCCUGACACCCUCGCUGCUGCUGUUGUAUGGGUCGCAACUUUGGGCCGGGCACCCCGAGUGCUGAUAUGUGACAAGCACGAGAGUUAUUCCUAUCCAACAUGCUCACAGCAGAACUUUGUGCGCCAACAACGCCGAUCAAAGUAGCAUGAAUUUUUUGAAUUUGAAUUAUUUUCAACGGUCGUUGGUACGCUGCUGGCACCUGUGUAGCCGUACAGCAGUAGCACAUAGAGCAAUUGCGACGCACGCCCCAGUCUACCGUGCACUAUGGAUGUAGCUGUUCAUCGCUGUCUCCAGUACCAGGCGUUUAGUCGUUUUCGGCAACUCAUGAAGAGAUACAGCAGACACGUAGACACGUAGACUAGUUGUCAAAAAAACGUCGCGUGUAGUUUU